UUCGACGUGGACGGCACGCUGAUCCACUCGGUCGGCUCGGAGUCCAACAAGCUCCAUAAGCGCGCGUUCGCGCACGCCAUGAAGCGAGUGUUCGGGAUUCAAGGCACCAUAGACGCCAUUCAGCACCAUGGCAGCACGGAUCAGGCUGUCCUCAUCAACACCCUCGAGUUCUACGGCAUUCCCAGACACAUAAGCGAGCCUCAGCUGCCAGUGCUGUGCGAAGCCAUGCUGCAGUACUGCAGGGAGCACGCGGGGGACUCAGCGGACGGCAUUGCGCUGCUGCCAGGUGUCCGCACGUUAUUGGAGGAGCUCACGGGCGUGCAGCCCAACGUGGUGGUGGGACUGGUGACGGGCAAUCUGGAGGACAUCGCGUGGCUCAAGAUGGAGGGGCUUGACGUCGAUGCCCUCUUCACCGCACCACACAUUGGGGGGUUCGGCAGCGACCAUAUGGAUCGGGGAGAGCUAGUUCGGAUAGCGAGGCAGCGGGCAGAGGAGAGAAUACCAGGUCCGCCCUUCAGGCUGCAUGCUCAUGUUGGUGACACGCCGAAUGACAUCAUUGCUGCCAGGUUCGGUGGUGCCAAGCCUAUCGGGGUCUGCACUGGAAUCUUUUCCAAGGCUGAGCUGCUGGCUGUGCUGCCUCCACCCCAAGCCAAGGAACUUCCCCCAAGCACAGAAUCAAAUUCUUCAUGUGCUGAUGCUGCAGCAGUAGCAGCUACUGCACCUGUUGCACUAGUGUCUGGUGCACCAGAUUGUGGCAGUAAUGGCGGAUGCACUGACAGUAGUAGCAGCAGCAGCACAAAUGGUGUUGUGCUGGAAGCGGUUAUUCUUGACUCAUUGGAGUGCUCCUCCACCUUUUUCAAGGCAUGUGAUCUUCCCAUCAUCUCGGCUUCCUUAUGAUUUGUAUCCAGUGCACUUUUUAUCAAUCACA